UGAGGUGGCGGGAGUCAGAAGAUUUGGGAGCCGCGGCCUGAGAGAGAGGUCAAGGGUCAGUGCAAGAACCGGGGAGGAGAUGGUGAAGCAGACUAUCCAAAUUUUCGCCAGGGUGAAGCCCACUGUCCGGAAACAGCAACAAGGGAUUUAUUCCAUAGAUGAAGAUGAAAAAUUAACACCUAGCUUGGAGAUCAUCUUACCUCGUGAUUUGGCAGAUGGAUUUGUGAAUAAUAAGCGAGAAAGCUACAGAUUUAAAUUUCAAAGGAUUUUUGAUCAGAAUGAAAAGCAAGAGACCAUUUUUGAAAACAUUGCCAAACCAGUUGCUGAGAGUGUACUGGCAGGUUACAAUGGUACCAUCUUUGCAUAUGGACAAACAGGCAGCGGUAAGACAUUCACCAUCACAGGUGGGGCAGAGCGCUACAGUGACAGAGGCAUUAUCCCAAGGACACUGUCAUACAUUUUUGAGCAAUUACAAAAGGACAGCAGCAAAAUAUAUACAACGCACAUUUCCUAUUUGGAAAUCUACAAUGAAUGUGGUUAUGAUCUAUUGGAUCCAAGACAUGAAGCCUCCAGUUUGGAAGAUUUGCCGAAAGUGACAGUAUUGGAGGACCCUGAUCAGAAUAUCCACCUGAAAAACUUGUCUCUUCAUCAGGCAACCACAGAGGAAGAAGCUCUGAAUCUGCUUUUCUUAGGAGACACCAACAGAAUGAUUGCAGAGACUCCUAUGAACCAAGCUUCAACCCGUUCCCACUGCAUAUUCACCAUUCACUUAUCAAGCAAGGAACCAGGAUCUGCAACUGUGCGACAGGCCAAGCUGCAUUUGGUUGACCUGGCUGGUUCAGAGCGAGUUGCGAAGACUGGAGUCGGGGGCCAGCUUCUGACAGAGGCCAAGUAUAUCAACUUGUCACUACAUUACUUAGAACAGGUCAUCAUUGCCCUCUCAGAAAAGCACCGCUCACACAUUCCAUAUCGGAACUCCAUGAUGACCAGUGUCCUGAGAGACAGCCUGGGAGGGAACUGCAUGACGACCAUGAUUGCCACCCUCUCUUUAGAGAAAAGGAAUAUCGACGAAUCUAUAUCUACCUGUAGAUUUGCACAACGAGUGGCACUCAUAAAGAAUGAAGCUGUUCUUAAUGAAGAAAUCGAUCCCAGAUUGAUGAUUAUACGCCUACAAAAGGAAAUCCAGGAACUGAAGGAUGAACUGGCCAUUGUCACUGGGGAGCAGAGGACAGAGGCACUCACAGAAGCAGAGCUCCUUCAGCUGGAAAAGCGAAUAACAUCCUUUUUGGAAGACCAGCAUCCAGAGAGUAAACUAGAGGUUGGCGCUGAUAUGCGUAAAAUUCAUCACUGUUUCCAUUAUUUAAAGAAACUAUUGAAUGACAAGAACAUCCAUGGAACAAGCAUAGCCUCCUCUGAAAUCAAAGAUCAAAACAGUCAAGAACCAUUAAAAGAGGAAGAAUAUAAAAAGCUACGAGAUAUUCUACAGCAGAGGGACAAUGAAAUCAAUAUUUUGGUAACUAUGUUAAAGAAGGAAAAGAAGAAAGCUCAGGAUGCUCUCCACUUCUCCAGCAUGGACAGAAGUGAACUGAGACGCUCCCAGAGCUCCCCCUUCCCACCUGGGAACCCGGAAGGUCCGAGGAUGUUGCCACCCUCAGCUCCCACUCAGGCCCCGGACUCCAGCACUUCUCAGUACAGAUCCAGUGUGCGCCACGGAAAAACAGGGAUGAGAGAGGAAAUGUCAUUAGGACGCCAGGAGGCUUUUGAAAUUUUCAAGAGGGACCAUGCUGACAGCGUCACCAUCGAAGACAACAAACAGAUUCUGAAGCAGAGAUUUUCCGAAGCAAAGGCCCUGGGAGAAAGUAUAAAUGAAGCAAGAGUUAAAAUUGGUCGCCUGAAGGAAGAAAUCACCCAGCGGCACGUGCAGCAGGUAGCUCUAGGUAUCUCAGAAAACACACCCGUGCCCUCGACGCCAGACCUGCUGGAAGAGAAGCUGCGAUCACAACUGCAGGAAGAAAAGAAAAGGUAUAAAGCAAUGUUCACGCACCUGAAGGCGCUGAAGGUGGAGAUUGAGCAUUUGCAGCUACUCAUGGACAAAGCCAGGGUGAAGCUGCAGAAAGAGUUUGAAGCCUGGUGGGCAGAGGAGGCCACCAGCCUGCAGGUAAACUCCCCAGCGGUGAAUUCACUGAAUCACAUGAAACCCUUUCCCCAGACGCCAGAAUCCCAGCACGAAAGGUCCCAGCUUCUCUCUAGCAAAAGUGACGUAUAUGCCAGGAAAAUCCUGCCCUCGCCUGGCUCCCUCCUGCACAGCCAGGAGCAGAGCAGCCCCAGCAGCCCCCUGGAGGACAGGAUCCCGGAGAGGCCAGUGUCUUCGGUCCCGCUCACGGGGGACAGCCAGACAGACUCCGACAUCCUGGCGUUCGUCAAGGCCAGACAGAGCAUCCUGCAGAGGACAGGUCAGUGCACCUUCCCUGGCAGCUCCUCCAGGGCCAUGGUCAAGGGGCGGCGAGGGGGGGAGGCUAGAGCCGAGGAAGCUGGAAGCUUCCCGAAUGUUCCUAAAGCCUCGGGCCUGGCCUUGCAGUCACUUCACGUGUGCCUGCCUCGGCCUCCCCCUGGAGAAAGCCCCAGAAGGCAGCACUGGACACACCGAGACAGGCCAAGGGGGUGGCUGGCCCAGGUGCCCCGGCCCUGCUCGGCAAAGCUGCUCUCCCUCCUCCAGAUCUUCAGCGUCUCUUGUUGCCUGUCCCCAGAGCCCACUCCCCUCUGCACAGCCCUCUCCAAACAGGAAGGGCUGAGUGAUGGUUUGGUAACUUGUUUAACCCCUGGCUCCAAAUUUCACUCUCCUUUUGGAGCGUGGUCCUUGCCAGCGAGCUGGAGAUGUAAACACCACUUAAAAGCUCAGGCCUGCGGACAUGGCAACAGUUACAGAAGAAACAUGUGGUGUGUCAGAAACAGGAUGAGAAAGAGAAGACCCUUCCUGGCCUCCAUCACUGACCCCUCCCCUUCGCCUUGGCACCGGCCCAGCCACCGUGGACAGGCCCUCUCUUCUCCUUCCUUCUCCCUGGAGACCCACAGGGACUAGGCUCCAUCCGGGGCCCCGACCCCAGCCCCGCUUUUAGUCUUAGCCUCAUCCCAGCACUGUAAUCCAAAGGCUACCCGUCAGGCUUGGCAUUGCUUUCACACGGCAGCAAGGUACCCUGAUGGGUGAAACGGCCGACCUGGAUCCUAUGAUGUCCGACUCCUGCCCCGAGAGGCCUACACGCAGCUUCACCGCCAGCUCCCUGCAGUUUAGAUAGUAGGAGGUUUGCACGUGGACAGAGCACCGCCAGGAAAGGGUGGCCUUUGUCAUAUCGUCCUCACCCUCGCUGGGAUGCCGGCCCGCUGACUGUUCUUUCUUCUUCACCACUAGCACCAGCAGCAUCAGCGCCAUUGUCAGGUCUUUUCUGAGACCUGGGACCCGCCAUCUCUGCCACCAACCUGCCGUGACGCCCUGACCACAUAACUUGCCUUCUCUCAUCCUCAGGUUCCUUGUCUAAAAAAGAAAAACAAUUGAAUUCAGGUUCAGUGCUCUCCAAGGCCCCAUCUCUCCCCCAAAUACUCUAAUGAUAUGUAUCAGACACAGAACAAUACUGAACAGCCAAUCAGUGAAUGAACACUGCAUUUAUUAGGCACCAUCUGUAUGUCAGGCCCUGUACCAGUGCUGGGGCCAUAUCAGUGAACAGGACAGACUCAAGCCCUUUACAUUCUGGAAGGAAGAAGACAGACAAUGACCACAUCGACAAAGACAUAAGGUCAUCCGAGGUGCCAACGAGUGCUUUAAGUAGCUGCAGUAUGUAAUGUGUAGAGAUCCCCAGGGACACGGCGGUGGGGGGAGAGCUUGAAACUGAUGGCUGAAGAGUGAGGAUGGCGUAGCCAUGCGGUUCUGGGAGGGAACCUUCCACUCAGUCUGGGAAGAGCAGAACGUGACCAGCCCUGGAGGGGAAGGAGCUUGGCUUGGUUACAGGCGGGGGGAGCCGAGCCAGGGAGCAGGGCCAGAUCACAUGGACCUUGCAGGUGAGGGUAAGGGCCUUGGCUUCCAUUCCAGGAGUGGUGGGAGCUCUGUGAAGAAUUUGAACCAUAGCGUGAUGUGAUCUGAUCAGUGCUUUCGAAAGCUCGCUCUGGCUGCUGUAUGUAGUGUAGGCUGUGGAGGGCCGGAAGUGGCUCACUUCUCAGGGAAGCACCUUCCCAGGAAGGUCCAGGGGGAGGGUGGCCGGGACUUACCUGCCGCCUGAAUGGGACACG